UACAGAGAAAUACGAGUGCUCAUGGAAAAUGUUCAUGAUGUUCGCUACUCACGUUUCUUUCCAUGGGACUGAGGAAACUGCAGAGGUGUUAUCAGAACUACAUCUCAUGGUAAGAAAACAACUUGAAAAUAGUUGGAUAAAAUGGUUAUUAUACCAUCAAGUAUUGCCCUGAAAGAGCAGAAAAUAGGUUUAUUCCACUGACCACUUGCUCCACUUUUGUUUCACCCAUUGUUUGUUUUCGUGAGGCGUUUGGUUGGUUGUGAGGUCUAUACUCACCACCAGCUGGAGAUGGUGGUGGUGAUAGGAGUUUAUUUUAGGCUGCUGUGAAAGAUACAAUCUCAUAAAUGGCAGGUAGGCAGGAACUUAAUAGUACUGAGGCCUCCUGUCACAUGAAAGUUUGUAUAAGCUAACCAACCAACUGCAUUGCUUAAGGACCAAAGUAGGGCUGUUGUUGUCAUUAUUUACUGAAUUUAUAUCCAGUCCUCCCCUCCCCAAGGAGCCCAGGGAGGCAAACAGAUGUACCACUUAAAAACAAAGCAAAAGCAUUCUAAAAGCAAUUGAAAACAUUAAUUCAUCCAAUGAUCUUAAAGCAGUAUUCUUCGGCCACCAAAUGCAUGAGCAGGUUGAUGCUGGCAGAGCCAGGUAGCUAAACCUGGACCUGCUGCCCCGUUUUAGGGAGUAAACAGGGCAGGUUGUGAGGAGCGCAAAGCCCUCACAUUCCCUGCUGCUUUCUCCAUUGCAACCUCUCUCAGCAUCCCUUUCCCCUCAGUCAGACUCUGAUGCCUGGUGUGAGCCUGGCUGCAAAAUAGAUGCCGGAGAAAAGAGACUGCAGGGCAGGUAUGCCACCUCCACAUCUAUGCCCUUUGGUUCUCUAAACUGAACCACCUCCGCUACACGAGACACUUUCUGGAUUUAAAACUUGCAAUUCCAUGCAGUGUGUACCUGGCUGUCUAGAUUCUAGAACAAUGGUGUUCCUUUGGGGGACAAGAAAGGCCAUUCUCCAUAAUUGGCCACCAGUCCACAGGUAGUAUCUAGCCUGCUACAAUUACCUGACUCUACUUUGUGGUAAAAUAAAGUCAAACACGGUUGUAGAAGCAUCUGUUUUCUGUGUGGUUUCCUCCCCCCUUUUUUUCUGUCACACCAACCAUUUUUCCACUUGCGUCAAAAGGAAAUUGAGCAGCUUGUGGGUUCUCGAGAUUCGGCUCUUCUCAAGAACAUGCAGUCAAACAACAGGAGCAGCACAAACUCACCGGCUGUUGGCUUAAGCUGUGCUUCAGGGAAGAAGGGCCAAGAGGAUUCUGCUGCUUGGAUUUUACUUGUGUACUUGUGUACAGAACAAGAGGACAGCCUGUUGCUUGGAAGACGCUGCAGCAAGAAAUCCAAACUACUGAAGAGCACUGAAUGCAGAGAAUCUGGUCAGGUGCGUUUAUCUUUGAACACUGUUCAUUAAAGGAAUAGGUCUAGAUUUGUGUUGGUGCAUCCCUAUGUAUUGAGUGAUGCGACCCAGUGUUCUGACUCCUAUCCAGAAACUAUUACAGCCAGGGGAACUGGGGUUGGGCUCCACCCUACCAACUGUCCUCAAGGGUCCUGUUUUGCAAGAGAGCUUCUUUCUUCUUGUCGCAUCACCAUCUUGCUGUGAUUUCUGAAGAGCUUGUGGCCAUUUGGUGCUGGGAUAGACAGGUGAGUGGUGCUCACAGUCGCAUCACUGGGAGCAGAAGGAACUGUUAUGGCGCUAGAGACCAUGAUGCUUUUGAGAAAUGGAACCAAGGGUUUGGCAGAUUUUAUGGUGAUAGUAGUAGAAGACUGGUGGGGCAAAGAGGCCACUGUAGGUGAAUAAAUGCUUUGCUGAAGUGCGCUUCAUUGUAGGAUUAAGAUAAGUAGGAGAAUAGUGAAAGAGGAGCCUUGAAUGUCCCUGGUACCAAGGUGGAAACCACAGAGGUGUGAAGAGUAACCAUGAGGCUUAGUCUACUAACAAAAAAACAGCACUACAGGUUAACUUUAGGAAAGCCUUUUUUAAUUGUUGGGGCAGAUAGCUAUGUUACUGGCCACCAGGGCUGAGAUCCAGAACUGAUCUUUGUUGCCUGGUCAUACUGAGUACGGACUUAAACUCUACUCAAAGAUUCUUUUAUCAAUAGGUAAUCUGUUUAGCUUCCAAGCUGUGGGUGAGACAUAAGUUUCAAAGAUAGUGGAGCCAUCACUUCCAAACACGAUUAGCCAGUGUAUAUUGUAACCAGGUUAGAAAUGGAUGGUAUCUUAACACUGCCAUCCUAGGCAUUUGCUCUCAGCAGUACAGUCCAAACUGAUUUGCAAAGUACUUGGGAGUACAUCAAACUUAUGGCUAAGGCUAUAAGUUCCAUCUUUUCAAAUGAGUGUGACAUGUCCUAACUUGGCUGUGUUUUGUACUGCAGAGAUUCCUCAUUUGUUCACCUCUACUGUAGGAUAGUCUUCACUGAAGAGUGUUAAUCACCCCCUACUGGGCAACUCAAGGCUGGAUUAAAGUGGUUGGGGGUUCCUACACCAGUUUCCCAAAUGUGGCCCCUCUUAUCCAAAAAAUGAAUGCACGAAGUAAGGAAAUACAUAGAAUCAUAGAAUUGUGUAGAGUUGGAAGGGAUUCCAAAGGUCACCUAGUUGAGUGUCAUGCCCUACUGACUGAGCUAUCAGAUACCUCAGAUAAAGACUAAGCAAUUUAUUGUUGCAUAAGCUUUCAUGGACUACAAAAACAACACCACAACACUCUGAGCAAGUGUAGUUUCAUUUUUAAACUCGCUUCUCAUGGUUUUUGCUCACUUUUGCCCACCAACUUACUUCACAUGGCUAAAGAUACAAAAGAAGGCAAGGGAGGGCUCAGUGCUAGCAUCCUAGACAUCCAGUUUUGUUUCCUUUAACCAGGAUGGUGUACCUUUGUACUAUAAAGAUCCAUAUUUUUCUUGGUACUGCAGUCUUGCAGAGUAGUACAACUCCAAGGCUUCAGUCCUUCUUAAUCUAGCCUGACUAUAAUGCUUUACAGAGGCAUAACUCCAGCUUGUUUUCACAGGCCAGGCCAGCUUACGUCCUCAUGACCCCUCUGUUUUUGAGUCUAUUUCCAGGGUUAACUAAUUCUUGCUUGGGCUAUUAAUGUUAUCUUGCCUUGCGGACUCAAAUCAAUAACCAAACCAAUGAUGAAGCCAGUAACAUCUUAAAGGGGCAGCAAAUGGCUUUGCGGCUUCUUGCCUCUUUCCCUAACACAAUGCAAGGACACUUCAAACACUUGGCAGAUAACUGAGUUCAGAGCAAAUGAUGGAUAAUGGCUGAUAGAAGAGGUGCUGAGCACAAGGUCCUUUGGAGCAUGUGACUGAGUGGAGCCAAGGACAGAGGACUCCAAGCUGGGAACCUAGAUCAGCAUUUAGUUUUAGCAUGUAGAAAAAGCUCUUAUAUCAUUGGUGAGCAACUGAAUGGAAGCUCAACAGGAGGCUGGAUGCAACCUUGAAGUUGAUGCUGAUGACCCUCUGUUUUCUCUCUUGUUAAAAGGUCUCUCUCAAUACUGUGAUUUUAGACCACUAUUACUUAAAUCUACCAGCUGACGGCAGACUGUGAUGGGAAGUUUGCCCAGCAGGAGGAAGCAGAUUGCUACUCAGCCAAGCCCACAGUCCAACGUGCAGAACAGCCAGGCCCUUGGCCUCAGCCGUGGUGUCAGGCCACAAGGUGGGAGGUUGUUCUGUGCUACCGAUCCCUGGACAUAGAAAGCUUAGGGUUGCAUCCAAUGCUAGUCCUACUCGGGGUAGAUCCACUGAAAUGAAUGACCACUGCUAACUUGGGACCAUCAGCACAGUGGAAGGUACCGGGUGGGGGAAGGAUGAUCCGGGACUAGGAGAAUCAAAGUGGUGCCUUCUGGAUAGUCUCGGACUACAACUCCUACCACUGCUGACCAUUGGUGAUGUGUUGGCUAGGACUGAUGGGAACUGGAAGUCCCAUCCCUAUAUGGAAGGCACCAUGUUGGCUGCCACUACUAGUUUAAACACUUCUCAGCUUUGCUGGCUAACUAACUGGUGAAGCAGGAAUGUCUUAAUCAGGCAGGGGAAGGCAGCCAAGAGGGGGCAAAACAAACCCCCCUGAGGAGGGAGUCCCACAAUAAGCCUUUUGCGGUGCCCCAGCCACCAAUGGGAUGUCAAGAGAAGCCGCCUCUGUUGAUUUGAAGGUUUGCACAGCUUCUGUAUGGGAAGCCUUUUAGAUCAUUUGUUGCCAGUACAGUGGUACCUCAGGUUAAGAACUUAAUUCCUUCUGGAGGUCCGUUCUUAACCUGAAACUGUUCUUAACCUGAGGUGCCACUUUAGCUAAUAGGCCCUCCUGCCGCCGCACGAUUUCUGUUCUCAUCCUGAAGCAAAGUUCUUAACCAGAGGUACUAUUUCUGGGUUAGCGGAGUCUGUAACCUGAAGUGUCUGUAACCCGAGGUACUACUGUACUUGGCUUAUCAUCAAUGUUCUCUGGGCAGUUAACAAAGAAAGGCUAAAAACCCAUAAAACCCAGUCAACUAGAGCUCUAAAAAUUAACAGCAGCCACUGUACCAGCUAAAUAACCUAAGCCUAAGCUAUUUAGGGCCUGAAUUUAGGGCACUUUGAAUUGUGUCUGGAAAUGAACUAGAAGCCAGUGCAGCUGUUAUAAUAAGAGUGCACCCUGCUCCUAGGACACCUGAAAUUUCCCGAUACUCUUCAAGGGCAGUAGGAAAGCUCGUAGGAAAGCUCAAGGCAUGGAAAGAUUGUAAGUCGUUUGUUAACUAUGUCUUUAUUUAUUAAGUUGUAGGUGAGAGUACCCCUAUAGCUGUUGCUGUGUGUAAUUUCCCUUCUGGACAUGCAGAGCCAAUACUGUGGAUGGGAGAGCAGCUGAAUUUGCUAUCUGAGUGAGUACUUGCACUGAGAUGAUGAAUGACAGAAUUCCCCCUACCCAUCUUGAGACAUACACGAAGGUGCGGAACAAGGGUGUCCUUGUGGAACUGGCCUGAACUCUGAGACUUUUUGAAGUGUGAUAUGGCUAAGCUCUCUGUCGUUUGUGCUUAAGGCCCAGUUCCUUUGGCUUCUACUUGAGUCUCCACAAAAUAUAUAAAAGAUAAUUGAGAGCCAAUGUGGUAUAACAGAAUUGGACUAUGACCUGGGAGACCAGUGGUUGAAUUCCCUGCUCAUUGGGUGACCUUGGCCCAGUCAAAGUCCCUCAGCCUAGCCGAUCUCACAGAGGUGUUGUAAGGAGAAAUGGAAAGGGGAGAACCAUGUAGACCACCUUUAGCUCAUUGGAGAAAAAGGUGGUAUACAAAUGUAAGAAACAAGUCAGCCAGUCAAACUUAAUUUUUAGAAACCAUUUGUCACCACAGAAAUACAAAUAGUAUAUAAAUACAUUUUCGCAUAGAUGGUCUCCAGCACAUGAGACCUCAUGUUAUAUGAUGAAAUUUUGUGUGAUCCAUCUGGGCUGCUAAGGAAACUGAGAAACAUUGGGUACUAUCCAACUAAGGAAUCCCCUGAUCUCAAGGAUUUCUGCUUGUGUGAUGGGACUUCCCCUCCACUCCUCCCCCAGCCACACCCUCCCCAUAUCUGCUCCAGAGGGUUGGGGGAACCCCUAGAACAGUUAGGGGGCACGGGGGGAGGAGAGAGGGAGAAUGUUCCAUUGUAUAAGCAGAAAUCCUUACACCGACUGAACAUUCUCGUAGUGCUAUGUCGAAUUUAUCCCCAUCUAUCAACAAAUAACAGAUUUUCUCCCUGUUAUUUAAAAAGGAAAGCUGCUGGAAACAGUAUAAGCAUUUUUGUCGCGGUAAUGGCCAGCCCCUUUCCCUAGUUCUCAAUUAUGAAUAGGGAAGAUCUUCAAGGAAGAGGUCAUUGGAAAGUCUUGAUGCUCAAUUUUACAAUAUGCUUUUCUUUUAACAGAGAUGGUGAAUGGUGGAAAGUGGAGUCAGUAACCACGGGCAAAGGCUGCUAUGUUCCCAGCAACCAUGUUGCCAAAAUCUCUCACGGGUAGGAGUUUCUGCUUUCCUGUUUAUGCUGCAGCAAUAUAAAUGGUCUGGUUGGGAGUAAUUUGGGCAGCAGUAGGGCAGUUCAGGAUGUCUGCCCCCCCCCCAAGAGCUGCCUAAGAGUGCAUAUCCCUGGAGGAUCCAGUCUUAGCCUGCAUGGGACAAGUGUUCUGGGCAGUAACAGGGGCGUGUGCUUCUCUUCCAGGUGGCUCUAUGAGGGCAUCAGCCGAUCAAAGGCUGAGGAGCUGUUGCUGCUGCCUUCCAACAGUGAAGGUUAUUUUCUGAUCAGAGAGAGCCAAAUGAAGAAAGGUAUUGAGUCUCUUCAGAAAUCUUCUGACUCGCUGGAUUCUAGGGAACAAAGUGGGCUGAAGAAUGUGGCUCAGGAAGUUCAGAGGUGAUAUUUCACACUACUUUGUGGCCUGAUGGUGUUCUCUCUCACAUGCAGGUUGCUACUCUUUGUCUAUCAGACACACAAAUCGUGCUUCCUGGGAUUGCGUGAAACACUAUCGCAUUAACUGCAUGGAAAACGGCUGGCUGUACAUCUCCCCUCGCCUCACCUUCUCAAGCUUGCAGGAGCUGGUGGAGUACUAUUCUGGUAAUUUUGUUUUUCCCUGCUUCCGGGUUGAUAAAAGGGAGAGAUUAAAUUCUGUUUUGUUCCUGCUUGAGGCGGCCUCCAGUAGUUACGACGCAGUCCUGGUGUCAGCACCUGGCAUACUGGGCUGACACCUUGGGCCCUCUGGUGGCUGUAUUCUCACAGCAGCCAGCCACUUCCUCCUACACCUGCUCAUGCCCUGCUACUGCAGCAGCAGCCCUUUACUCAGCCACCAGCUAAGCCUGAGUGCGAGUGUAUGGGGGGGGGAGGCUGGCAGUCUCCCACCUUGUUGCUGUAGUGCAGGGGUCGGCAAGCUUUACCUUGCCUGGGCCGGUUCACUCCAGCGGAGAUCCCUCCGUGGGCCGGAUCGCGUGCGUGCCCGCAAUUUUUGGCGUCUGCGCAGACUCGAUUUUUGGCGCUACGAAAGCGAGUCCCUACACCGUGCUGGUUUGGUGCAGCACGUGGGGACUCGCUGAGCGGGUGGUUUGGGAGCCAGUUAAAUGACCCCCGUGGGCCACUUGUGUCCCAUGGGCCUUAGGUUGCCGACCCCUGCUGUAGUGCGUAGGAGCCUGUAGUGGGUUGGAUACACUGGUUCCCUCGAGAAGGGAGGCUGCAGCAGGCGAGCCCAAAUGCCAGAGGGCACUGGGAGGCUCUAUGGAGAACAGCCUGCCCAAGUCCUCUCCAAAACUGAAGUCAGGCCUUGAUAAAUCCUCUUGUGUAAAAAGAUGAGAGUUGUGCUAAAGCUCAGUGGGUAAGUAGGUGGACCAGUCCAUCUGUUAUACCUGUGUAGGCGGUCAUUUUGCACUAGCAAGUGAGGGAUAGAUGGAGGUAGAGAAUGAGAUGGACUCUUGAUGAAAGAGGCAUCUCUCAUAUCAGCAGGUUUGACCCAAGUGUAACAUCUUUAGUUUCUGCCAUAGAAGAGAAUAGCUGCCGUGCACUCCUGUCAGAAAAAACAAGUGUGUGCUUAAGAGGCAUCAUCAGGGCUCUAUAAGCGGCAGCUAUCAAUGCAGGAAAAAGCCUGUAGUAUACGCUGCCAUAAGACUACCUUAAAAGAAUUACUGUAACAAACUCCAGUCCAUGAUAACAGACUGACUCUGUUUGUGCACUUUGUACUGGGAAUUACAUUUCAUGCACAAGAAACUCCGAUUCUCUGGAUGUUAACAGCCUACAAACUCUCAUCAUCCUUGACCAUUAGCUAUACUGCCUGGAGAUGAUGGGAGUUGGAAGUUCAACCACUGGAGCAAUACAAAUUCCUCAUCCAUGACUUUAACAGGUUGGAUGGUUGCUCUUCACACAUGCAAUUGUACACACUGCCUGCUAUUCCUCUGCUAAACUUCCUGGCUGGGCAGCAGAUGGAAAAGAGGCUCACGUUGCUUCUGUAGAAUAAGGAGUGGGAAAGCUGAGCUUCCCUGGCCACGAGAAAUCACAAUUUGAUACCCAACUUAUUUUGUACUUUUUGCACUGCUCAACUUCAUUCAGCACAUGGGUUUCAACCCUAUGCUUGGUGAAACUAGUUCUGGGUGGUGUGCAAGUGUGCUGCCACUCACACAAAUUGCAGCCUGCUUGUUUGCAUUGGGGAACGCAACAGGAUGCCUUUUCCUUGCUCAUGCUAAAGUGGUGGUGGUGGGCCCUCCAAUCGCUUCUAUCUGACUCACAAGCUUGCUCUGCAUCCUUCCAAGUACUUUGACUUGGCUAGGAUGUAUCCUUGAAUUAUGACCAUGCCUUGAAUGCGUGUGUGUAGAAACCUCCACCUUCUUUACAUGCAAGUCAGUCUACUGCACAAAAUUAGGAGCUGCAUCUUUUGCUCUGGCAUGCAACCUCCAAGAUGCCCACAGGGGAAUGUGGCCCUUGAGCUGGAAAAGGCUCCUCACCUCUUGUGCUGCCACCAACACACUGGUUUAAAAUAGCAAGGUUGAAACAAGUAUGUGGUGAUCAGUGCAGUUUAGUUUUGUUUACUACUUUGCGCUUGGUCUGGAAUACCUAGUGGCUAUGCAUGGAAGGCCCAGAUUAGGAGAUUCUUUCCUCCUUUUGUUAACAGAAGUUGGAGAUGGCUUAUGUUGCUGCUUGAAGGAGCCGUGCUUCAUCCAAGGCUCUACAUUGUGGCAGAAGUCUAAUCUUUCCGAAACAAUGGUAGUAAAGAAGCCAGCUCUCAACUGGGAGGAGAUCAGCAGGUAUUUUAUUAUUAUCCUCUUUUCUUCUAGCACAGAACUCAGUACAGAGUUCCUAAGCAGUCUCUUUAUCUGGGCUCUGGCUUGUAUGAAUUCAUGUUGAUGCACUAUCAGCCUUCAAAACCAUGUUCUGGUUGGGCAUCCUUCCUCUGAGGAGAAGACAGCAAUCUUUGCAGACGGUCGCUGCUGUGAUGAUUCGCUGGUUGCAGCAAGCAUAAGACCAUUUAAUCUGUAGUGGGUAAAUACUUCUGCUGCAAGAGAAGCAUUUGGUUGCACUUGCUAAUAGCAACAAGAGAUAAAAGCAAGUUUCUGACAGUGGUAUGAUUGGGAUAAGCAGUGGGGAAGUCUGCCUGCUUUUUGUGUGGGAACAAUCUACCAGAAUGCUAUAAUGAGAACGUCUUUGCAAGAGAAGGAUGUUUAUCCUUCUGCUUCACAGCAUAUUUUAAUCUUUCAAUGUUUUCUCCUGUCUAGCUCAGACUUGUUGGCAGAAAAUCCGCUAGCAGAAGACUCGCCAAUUAGCUUGGGCCUGAGGGAAGCUGUCACUUCCUACCUGUUAAUGACUGAAGAGCUGCCGUCAGAGGACACAAUCAGUGAAAAGUGAGAAAGAUGCAAAUACACUUAAGGCUACUGUUGGGAAGCAUUUCUGGAAUGUGGAAGACGGGACUUCAGUACUGACCUCUUUCUACAGUUUUUAAUGCUCGCUCACAUUAAUUUAUCUACUUAAUAAUUAUAUUCUGCUGGUCUUCCAUCACGUGGAUCCCAUGCAACUACUGACCAAACCCAGACCUGCUCAACUUCAGCAAGAUGGCACACGGCCUUGAUGGGCUUCAUUUACGAGGACUAUAUAUAUGUAUUUAUAAUAUUUUUAAAUAAUAAAGCUUGGCUGUGUAUUUAUGACUACUCCUAUAAA